UUCUACAUUAUCUCCUCCACGUAUCCGUUGUUUUGUGUAUCACUAAAUAAAAGUAAAAAUAAAAAUAAAAUCAGGGCAACGGACAGCAGAAACACAUCUCUUUACAAAGACAAAAUCAAAGCUCGCCGAGAAACGGAGACAGGCACACCCACCAUCUCUCUACUUCCUACCGGUCAACACAAUCCAAACUCUUCACCAAAUCGCUCUGGAUAUUACGCUCAUUUAGGAUCUGAAGUUUUUAAUGGAGAGAGAGUUGGUGGAGUUGUUCGAAGCCGCUAAAAAAGCCGCCGAUGCCGCCGCGAGUGAUGGUGUUUCAUCUAAUGGACCGGAGGUCGUAAGGUGUGUCGAUGCUUUGAAGCAGCUUAAGAUCUUUCCUAUAAGUUACGAUAUUUUGGUUUCUUCUCAGGUUGGGAAACGGCUUCGACCUCUCACAAAGCAUCCCAGGGAGAAGAUCCAAACUGUGGCCUCUGACUUGUUAGAGAUGUGGAAAAAGAUUGUUAUUGAUGAGACCACUAGGAAGAAAAAUGGCACUGUUGAUAAUAAAAGUUCAGUGAAAGCUGAGGUUUCAAAGGUAGAGACUAUUAAAGUUGAGAAGGUUCAAAAAGCAAGCACCGUAAAGGUUGAAAAGAUCGACCGGGAAAGGACUGUCAAGGUGGAAAAGAAAUCUGAGGAGAAACAACAAGCCAUCGAUGUAAAAAAACCAUCACAAGCCUCUGUUACUCCACCAAAGCUCACUGCAAUUGUGAAAUGUAAUGAUGCUUUACGUGACAAAAUUCGCGAACUUCUUGUGGAGGCCUUGUCCAAAGUUGUUAGUGAGGCUAAUGAAGAUGGCAGGGAUGAAAUAAGUAAAUGCGAUCCAAUCCGAGUUGCUGUAUCAGUAGAAUCUGCAAUGUUCGAAAAGAUGGGUCGGUCAAAUGGAGCCCAGAAGUUCAAGUACAGAUCCAUAAUGUUCAAUCUCAAGGACCCAAAUAAUCCUGAUUUGAGGAGAAAAGUUCUUCUUGGAGAGGUGAAACCAGAGAGGCUCAUCUCUAUGACCCCUGAAGAAAUGGCAAGCAAAGAAAGACAAGAGGAAAUUAAUCAAAUUAAAGAGAAAGCAUUGUUUGAUUGCGAGCGAGGUGGUCCUGCAAAAGCCACAACAGAUCAGUUCAAGUGCAGUCGUUGUGGUCAGCGUAAAUGCACAUACUAUCAGAUGCAGACUAGGAGUGCAGAUGAACCUAUGACAACUUAUGUGACGUGUGUAAACUGCAACAAGCAUUGGAAAUUCUGCUAGUGUGGGCGUAGGUAGGACUGCUAUUCUGUGGAACAAAUAUGAAGCUGGUUCUAUGUGCUAAGAUCCGCCUCAUUUAUAGAAAAAUCAAUAUCAUCCGAAUUUUGUUAGAUGUCUGGGAACAAAAAGAAAACUUCCAUUCUUACCAAUUGGACGUAAGGGUAUCUGCUUUAAGGUGUAUCCAGGCUUCUGGCAAUGUCUUCUAAUGUAGGAACAUUCUGGUCAGCUAAUUGUGUUGUUUUUUAUUUGUAUUUUUUUUGUGUUUUACACAAUUUCUUCUUAGCUUCUCUAUAUGGCAUACUGAAUGUAUUCUGUGAAGACUCUGACGGGCCAUAAUUCUGAAAUUAGUUUAGAAUAGGCAGGGUAGAGAGACAGGGGAUGAUUCUUGCAACUUCAUUUCCUUGAAAUGCUUAUGUGCUGAAUUCAUUUCCUUGAAAUGCUUAUGUGCUGAAUAGUUUGAUAA